AAUGAUAUGUAGUUACCAACUUCUUUCUGCGUGUAUCCACCAACAUACUUCCUUGCUCUUGUUGUAUGCAUCGUUUAGGUUAGGAAACACAAGGCGAGUUGGACACCAGCAAAUACACGUAAGUUCUGUGAGAUAUGGUGCGCUCAAAUUGAUAAUGGCAACUGUGUCAAGGGAGUCAUGAGCAAGACUGGUUGGAAGGAGAUAAUCAGCUGGUAUUAUGCAGCAACUGGUUUCCUGCAUGACAAGGAGCAGUUCCAGAGUCGGUGGAGGCAGCUGAAGGGUCAAUGGGUCUUCUGUAACACGCUUCGUUAUGGCAGCGGAUUGGGCCGUCGUAAGGACGGAUCUGUUGAAACCCCGGACGAAUGGUGGAAAAGGAAUACGAUGGUAACAUCUCGCGUCCAGUGUUUCACUGGUUCUGAACUUCAUUUGCAAUUCCUACAACUCUGUUUCUGUUGUAGGGUAAACCUGAUUUGAAGAAAUUCAGGAAAGCAUUGCCAGCUUACCUGCCUGAAAUGGACAAGAUGUUUGCUGGCAUUGCAGUUGAUGGGUCCUCAUCCUUCGUGCCGGGACAACCUGAUCCUAUUGAAGUUCAAGAAUCCUCAGAUGAUGAGGCAAGUCAGGACCCAGAUGAUGCCCAAAGUGAUGACAUAGACGAACCAUUCUCCCCUGCCAGUGGACGCACAAAGAGGGCCAGCAACACGAGCACAACAGCAUCUAGUCCCAAGAAGCGGUGUAGGAGUCCGGCGGUUAGGUCCAUGGACAACAACAUGAGGUAGUUGGUCAACAUUGCACAGGGAAAACUGAACUUGAUGGACAAAAUCUGGGAAGAAAAGAGGGAUGCACUAAUGGAGGUCGAGACUGCAAGAGAGACCGCUAAGGACCGGAAGGUUGAAAAGGUUUAUCAGCUUGCAACGGAGGCGGGUGUGACCCCUACGUCGGAGCCAGUGUUGUUCACAGCCAUUAUGGACCUAAUCAAAUGUGAUAGAACCAUGACCCUUUUCAUUGCGACUAAUGCAGCUGGCAGGCUGCUCAUGCUUAAGAAGAUCGCCGGGGUCAACAACUAGACCACCUCUUAUUAUUUCGUCUAUGCAUUAUUAGUUAUUAACUACUCAUGGAUGUCCCGUGUGUGUGAACUGUGACAAGUAUGACUACUAGAACAGUAGUGAACAAUUCAUGUAAUCAUGUGCACCUUGUAUGGUGCUGCUGCACUGUGUGUGUGACCAAUGAUGUCUAAGACUGCUAUUUGAAUUUCAUAAUUGUUUGUGUGUCAUCAUGCUGAGCGAAGCUGCUGAAUUUUGCAUCCUUGUGCAUGGCUGUUGGUGUUGCCUCGUUCCAACUUUCUGUUGCACUACUGAUGCCCUUGUGUUUCUAUGGUUGCAGGAUGAUGGUGAAACAGCAAGCAGAGGUGUGAUAGAAGGGAGCGAGGUCUAUGGGGAUGAUGAGUUGGAAGACUUCUUGCUAGAGAUCAUGUGCGACGAUGACGAAGAUUGCAUCUUAGGUAUGUACCAAUAUGCCAUGCACAUAGACAAGCAUUUGAAUAGAGCUGAGUAUAGGCAACCUGUGGAGACUAGUUUGCAAUGGGUGCAAAGGAAGUUGAGGGACAACAGGUCUUGUUACAACAUGUUUAGAAUUAGCCCUUCCAUGUUCCACCACCUGCAUGAUACACUGGUUCAGUCUUAUGGCCUCAAGUCCAAUAGCAAGAGCACCUCCAUUGAAGCGCUGGGCAUGUUUCUGUGGAUGGUUGGGGCCCCACAAUCUGUAAGGCAAGCGGAUGAUAGAUUUGAGAGGUCUAUGGGGACUGUCAGCAGAUUGUUCGACAAGGUCUUGAAGUGUGUGGUGAAGCUUGCUGCAGACAUCAUUAAGCCUGUAGAUGCAGCCUUCACAACCUUGCAUCCAAGGUUGAGGCAGCGUAGGUUCUUUCCAUAUUUCCAGGAUUGCAUUGGGGCCAUAGAUGGGACUCAUGUGCCUUGUGUGGUCCCUAGUAAUAAGUUUGUGCAGCACUUGUGCCGGAAGGGAAUGACCACACAGAAUGUAUUGGCUGUCUGUGACUUCGACAUGAGGUUUACUUUUGUCCUUGCUGGAUGGCCGGGGUCUGUACACGACAUGAGGGUGUUCAAUGAUGCAAUGACAACGUACACCCAUGUUUUUCCACACCCACCCACAGGGAAAUAUUACCUUGUGGACUCCGGCUAUGCAAACCGUGAAGGAUAUCUUGCGCCGUACAAGGGGACAAAGUAUCACUUGCAGGAAUACAGGAACGCUGCUACACCACAAGGUAUGGAAGAGACCUUUAACUAUGCUCAUUCGUCUCUUAGAAAUGUCAUCGAACGGAUAAGUGGAAAAAAGGAUAAGCACUUUGGCCGUUGUGACCGCGAUGAGAACUAUGUGCCAACAGUUCGUACAGACAAUCAACCAGAAACUGAAAAAGUGGAGGAUGCAACAGAUGUGAUGAAUGCUUUUCGAGACUCUAUUGCGCUUGCGUUGGUGAACACGAUGUGA